AUGACGCAAGAUACGUUGAUCUACAGCUUUGUGUCCAGAGGCACGGUCGUCCUGGCCGAGUACACCGAGUUCUCCGGCAACUUCACCGACGUCGCCGCCCAAUGCCUCCACAAGCUCCCCUCCACCAACAACAAGUUCACCUACAAUUGCGACGGCUACACUUUCAAUUACCUCAUCGACAAGGGUUUCACCUACUGCAUUGUUGCAUCUGAAUCUGCUGGAUCGCAACUUCCAAUUGGCUUCUUCGACCGUGUGAAAAAUGAUUUUAUCAAGAGAUAUGGUGGAGGGAAGGCAGAUACUGCAAUUGCCAAAAGUCUUACUAAAGAAUUUGGGCCAAAACUGAAAGAGCACAUGAAGUACUGUGCUGAACAUCCAGAAGAAAUAAACAAGCUUACCAAGGUGCAAGGUCAAGUCGAUCAAGUAAAGGGUGUUAUGAUGGGAAACAUUGAGAAGGUUCUUGAGCGUGGUGAGAAGAUUGAGCUUCUAGUUGAUAAAACAGAGGAUCUUCGAUCACAGGCACAGGAUUUCCGGAAACAGGGGACCCAAAUCAAGAAGAAGUUGUGGUUCGAAAAUAUGAAGAUAAAACUGGUUGUGCUGGCAAUCAUUGUAGCUUUGAUUCUUAUUAUUGUAUUGUCUAUCUGCCAUGGUUUCAAAUGCUGAUUGCCCUGGAAAAUAUACUAGUUCCCUCCUGGACUCCUUGUACCAUGACACAUACACAACCAUCCAGACAUUCCUUCCAUGUUCCAACCAUGCAGAGCUUUCUUAAGUUAGUUUUUAGAAGAAGUUGUGCAGGUAUGCCCAUGCUUUUUAAAGGAAUCUCUCACACUAAUAUUUUCUUCAUCAUAUUUACGACGCUUUGCUGUCUUAUACCAUAAGAGAACUUGUGUAGAGAAAUAAGAUGUGUGAGUUCAGAAAGUUCUCCAUAUCCCAACUUGUUAUCUGUUUUAGGCAAUUUUGAGUUGUUGUCAAUAACAGAGGAUAGUUGUCCAUGUCAAUCUAUUGUGAUAGAAAGAAGACCUGUCAAGUGGGAACUCUUUUUUUUCCCUUUUAUCAAUACAAGUUUCAUUACUGA